AAACUGAGUGUGCACUCUUCCGUCUUUUUUGUCGGUAAACCCGUAAACCCAAGGACCCCGCGGAAAGAACACAACAAGCUAGUGAAACGACGUUCUCCACGCAAAACUCGUGCUGAAGGGAAAGUUUCAAGGAGAGGAGGAACACAAUGUGGAACGGUUCAAGACCUGGACCACGAGGAGGAAUGCCCUUUCGUGGGGAACCUCGUGGAGGCAUGUUUGAAGGUAGAGAUGGCCCAAUACCAGACUUCAGAGGUAGAGAUGGCAUGAACAUGGGCAGGUCACCCAUGGACAUGAGGCGGUUCGACUGCCCACCCGAUAUGCGAGGAAGAGAUAUGGGUCUUCAUGAGCGAGGAAGAGAGCCUUCCCGAGAAUUUUUCAGGCCUGGAGAUGAAAUGGACAUGAAUUUUCGAAGACGCUUUGAAAUGGAUCAGAGAAACAACCUUCAGAAUUCUCCAGGCUUUAUGGGUCAAUCCAGACCACCAAUGGAUAUGGGCAACAGAGACAUGCAAGGUGGUAAUAUGAGGGGGCCGGAGGACGGAUUCAUGAACAUGAGGGAGAGGGAGAGAUUCCAAAUGGAUAUGCCUGGGCUUCCCCCCAUUGACAUUAGGAGGAGACUUGCUAUGGUGGCUAUGGGUGGAAAUGGAGAUAUUGGGGACAUGAGAGAUAGGGAAAGGUCACGAAUGGGUGGCAUUGAUGGAUUCAACAUGGACAUGCCCUCCAGAGACAGACCGAUGAUGGAUUUUGAAAGACGUGGUGUGACACCUCCACUUAAUCCAAGAGGAAGGUUUGAAUCUGACAUGGAUAUGAGAAACCGCAUGGGAUCCUCCAAUGAUUUUAGGGACCAGCCUGCUCCAAUGUUUCGGGACAAUGAUGGUGUUCCCAUGGAUAUCAGAGGAAGACCUGAUAUGCCUUUGGGCCGUGGUGGCCCAGAAUCCAUGAUCAGAUCCGACGAGUUGACCCUCAGAGAUAGAGAAUUCCCAGAGGCGAUUGACAGCCCCAUGGGCUUCAGGGGAAGAGAAAGUGAUUCACUCUCAGACGAGUGGCGCAGCCAUGGCGUGAGGGACCGAGAGACUCUUCCACCGAUGAUGGGCAGAACGCCGCCACUUUUCCAGAGAGAGAUGCCAGAUAAGUUUUUCUCUAGCCGUGGAAAAGAUGUAGAUCUUGGAGAUCGGUCUCAGUUCAAGGACAGAGACCGAGACAGGCAGUCUGGGUUUCUUGGAAAAGACGAAACAGGUUUUAAUCGAUCAGAAAGAGACUCCAAACUACAAAACUGGGACAAAAAUAUUCCUAGUGAUUUCCCAGCCAGAGAUACAACUCCAAAGCCAGGUCUUCUUCCAAUUGAUCCCGCUCUAAACGCCCCAAUUAGAGAAGGUGAUAAACCCUGGCCAAGUGACCGAGACGAAAAGCCUGACAGAACUGCACCAGCAGGAAGUAGACCUCCAUAUUUCCAAGACAAGAACCCGCUAAAACAAGAGCAUCAUUUCGCAAGUGAUCAUGUGCCCUUUAAGGGAUCCAGUGACAUUGCUUCAGAUCAGGGACCACCGAGAGAAAGCUUGGUGUCUGGGCCAAAGGAAAACCAGGGUAAUCGAGGUGAGAGACAGGAUCAGGAUUAUAGAGACAUUGAUUACCGCACUGGAUCGGGGCGCAAAUACGACUACAAUCUUGGGGAUCUUCAAGCCCCAGAGAGAGAUGUCAAGGAAUCCAAACUAGGUCCAGCUCAAAGACCAGAUGACUCUGGUUCCCAGGACCAGGAUUACAGGAGUGCAGGUGUCCAGGAAAAAGUCUCAAAAACCAUUUCCAUCUCUGGAAUUCCUAAAACUGCCACAAUGCAGCAGAUUUUGGAUGCUUUCGCAGUUCGUGAUGGAGUGCCAAUGCAGGGCAUGAAAAUAAAGGACGUCGUGCCAGGUUACAGCUACGAUAUGGCCUAUGUGGAGUUUUUAAACCUCGAGGAUGCUGUCCACUUCAUGGAAUCCAACAAGGGAUCUGUUAAGGUUGGUGACAAGACUGCUCUGCUCAAAUAUAUCCAGCCUGACAAAAAUGUGAAAGAACAGUAUCAUGAACCACCAACUAAAGCUGCUCCAGCCAGUGAUGACGGUUUGUUACCAAAUCCAGUCUUGCCACCGAAUAUAAAGCAGGAAACCGAUGCUGAACCUGUGCAGGAUCCCGGUGGAUCUCAAGGUGUGUGGCAGAGAAGCUCCAACUUGACUCCGGAAGCAUGGCAACAGCAAGUGGACCAGCAGCUACAACAGCAGGAGGUGGAGCAUCAGACUGAGGAAUGGACCAAUCAGAGAGCAUCACGACAAAACUUGCAACACUCUGAUCCAAUCUUCAAGGAGAGUAAGACUAUGAUUAUUAAGAACAUUUUGCCCACUACCACCGUGGAGACCAUUUUACAAGCACUCGAUCCAUUUGCGUACCUGGAUGAGCGCAAUGUACGUCUGGUUAAAGGGAAGUCACCUGGAUCCAAAUGCUUCUGCUUUGUUGAUAUGGAUUCGCAUGAGCAUGUGACACGAUUGGUGGAGCUCCUCACCAAACCACGCACUAUCAUGAUAGAUGGAGUCAGAGUUUAUGCUGAGGUUGCCAAGCCUUUAAAAAAUCAGAACUAUAGGAGAGACAAUGAUAAGUCAAACACUUCUCUCCUGGGAUUCCCUCCAGAUGUUAUGAUGCAACAUCAAUAUCCGCCGCCACGGCAGCAAUAUUAUCCUCCGCCUUCUCAUACGACUAUGGGUGUUGCACCAGCUUUACAAGGUGACCCAAUGGGAGCGGAUGUCACAUUGUCAUCAGCUGCAAUGCAGAGUUCAAGCUUUACACAGGGUGUGAUGUAUUCUGAGACAACAGGAAUGGUGCAGUCAGUCCAGACAGCGGAGCACCAGACUGCAGCUUUAUCUGACGCUCUCCCUGGAGCUGCAGACAACAUUGACGGCUACAGCUACGGAUCUGAGGCUCCUGAUUUAUCAGCCUUCCUUUAUGAUGCUACAUCAGGCUUCUACUAUGACCCCCUGACUACCCUGUACUAUGAUCCCAACUCAAGGUAUUUCUACGAUGCUCAGAAUCAACAGUACCUGUACUGGGAUAGUGCCACAAAAACCUACGUCCCAGUCCAGAGCUCUUCCACUGAUGUUCACGAGCCACCCCCUGAAGUUGGUGUUCCCGUGGCAACUGUUGCUGAGGUUAUAGCCACGCCCAUCACUGAGGAGGAGGUGAAGGUUGUUCCAGAGGCGGCUGCAGAGCCUGGGGCAGAGGUGCGGGCGGACGAGGAACCUUCCCCACGUGCAGAAAAAAAAGAGAAGGAAAAGGAGGAAAAGCCCAGAAGUUUAGCAGCUUUUAAGAUAAUGAAAGACAUGGAACGAUGGGCGAAAAUCCAGAACAGGCAGAAAGAAACCGUACGAGCCCCUUCACCUCUCUUCAAGUCUGGAGAUGACCAAAGGCCUUCAAAGGCUGCUGAUGCAGCCUUCGCCAUCUUUGAAAGAAAGGUCUCUGGCGCAGAUGAAUUAUUUAAGAAACCUCUUGCUCCUCCAAAACAAAAAGAUGAAAAAUCAUCAAAGCGGCCCAUGGGCUCUCUCGGCAUGUUGGCGGCCGACUACGGGGCAGGCAGCGACGACGAGGAAGAAGAGAAACAUGAGAAACAAGAAGCUUCACGACCCACAAAGAGUCAGCCGCAGGCGGACGAGAAGGAGGACAGGUUGACGGACUGGAAGAAGAUGGCGUGCCUUCUGUGCAGGAGGCAGUUCCCUAAUAAAGACGCUCUACUCCGCCAUCAGCAGCUCUCAGACCUGCAUAAGCAAAAUAUGGAGAUUCACCUAAAAAUCAAAAGGUCAAAGAGAGAACUUGAGGCUCUAGAAAAUCAGGAAAAAGAGAUGAAAAUUAAAGAGUCGAACGGUUCACCUGAAGCAAAAAGAAGAAAGCCGCAAAACACAUGGGCCGGCACCUCAAGGGACAGUCAUAAAGGCAGCGAGAGACCAGGCUUGGGUUUAGAAACCACUGAGCGUAAGAAAAAGGAACCCGUCGUCUGGAAUCAUGCCACAUACAAGCAGGCAGUUCGGAAGGCCAUGUUUGCACGUUUCAAUGAGCUAGACUGACAGUGAAAUGAAUGAACACAAAAGAAUUUGUGAAUAUAUAUAUAUAUACACACACACACACACACACACCGUGUUGUGUGGUCUGUUGGCAGCUCAUUCCAGGCUUUACUCUCUGAACUGAUAAAUUCCUGGAGAAGCUUAUUGUGACACCCCUCUUUUUGUGAAAGUUGACGUGUGCCUGUGUAAAGUUAUUAUUUCAUUGAAGCCAAAUGAACUCUUAUGUUUAAUCAUUCUUUUUGUAGCUCUAUUCUUCAGGGCUUUUUUAACAAAAAAUCCUAAUUUGACGUUGUAACAUGUUUUCCCCCCUUUUUUAUGUAGUAAAUUCAAGUAGUAUUUCAUUUGUAAAAUGAAAUAUUGGAAUUGAGGAGCUUAAAAAUUACUGUAGUUUGUCCUUGGGUCAAUAAACUGCCUCAAUGUGACUGAAAAUAUA